AUGGGCACUGUUCUCUCUUUUUCUCCCCGACCCCGAAAACCUCUGUAUGAAGACAUAAACCUCAAUAAUUUCAACUAUGAGGUCCUCAACAACGUCAAGAAUCAGGCCAAGGAAAAGAACUUUAAAAGGCACUCUAUAUUUCUCAGUGCUUUAAGCUGGAAGAAAUUCACGGUCAAUCCCAAAAAGAAGGAUAAGACUCAUUUGAAAGGAUCGAAUUCGGCUUUUCUCUCCAGUAAAUUUGAUAAUAAUUACAAUUCAGAAAAUAUUAACAAAAAUAUACAAAAGUCCAUUUCUUGCUAUAACUUAAAAUCCACCAGCGUUGAAGAACCCAAAAGCCAAAUAAUAAAUACAAUCAAAACAGCGAAGAAAUCAGAAAAAUGUGCCAGUCCCAAACGAACAGUGAUUCAAGCGUCCACUUCGGAACUACUUAAAUGUCUAGGGGAGUACUUAAAACGGAAAUGUAAAAAGAUCCGCCAUUUGGAGGGCAGUGAUGUUAUUCUGUGGAUGAGAACAGUAGAUAGGUCGUUGUUACUACAAGGUUGGCAAGACAUAGCUUUCAUUAACCCUGCUAACGUGGUAUUUGUGUACCUGCUUAUUCGAGAUAUGGUCAGCGGGGAUAUCGUAAAUGAGACUGAAUUACAAGCCACAGUUUUAACCUGUCUGUACUUGUCGUAUUCCUACAUGGGCAACGAAAUCAGUUACCCUCUAAAACCAUUUCUAGUAGAAGAGGAUAAAGAUCGAUUCUGGGAUCGUACCAUUGUGAUUGUGAAUAAACUGAGCCCAUCUAUGCUCCGAAUCAACCGUGAUCCAAGCUUCUUUACCGAAGUAUUUUCAGAACUCAAGUCGUAUUCUCCGUGUGUAUAA